GAUGGAUUCCAGUCACGAACGAAGAUUUUGCUGGAUGAGGUGUAAGUAGACGUGGUCAACUUGGAGAAAGAUGUCCCGAGGUAUAGUUCUGGAGGACAAUUCUUCAAUUCCGUUACUUCCAAAAACAAAUUGGAGUCAAGUUCUUCCCCUACUCUUAGAUUCACAGCCAAUUGGUCCAUCAGUAGUCAUGCGCUUUGCCUGGAGUCCCACGAGCACUGAGAAGCUCAAACCUCGUGGUGACCUGUGCCCGAAGAUCAGUGUGUGACAUGUUCGAGUUGUCAGAAAAACGCAUUUCAUCACAGAACUUGGCGAUGUUCGUGACUCCACGGUCGAUCGACAGCUCGUUUGAUCGAGGCAUGGGAAGCUCUCUCAUCCGAAACUUCUGCCGAUCAUUGGACCUUCAAAGCCUUAUAUAUUGAGCUGUGUAGAUGCAGCUUUACGGUCGCUGUCGAAGAUCAUGACAAAAGCGGCCUCUGCUGUUCCCUCUCAGGGAAGCGCAUGUCAUGUCGUGUCAUGUCUGCUGCAGCUGUGCACGUUCAGUCCGAAUUGUGCCCAUCACCAGAAUAGAUUCACAAGCGAAUCUUCUCCAGCCUGUAAGUGGGGCUAGAGACAACGACGACAAGACUCACACAGAAUCUCCAUAAAGUGUUUCCAGGCUCAAAGUGCACCCCUACGACAUCAUCCUCCUCGCUUCUGACGUGGGACCCACUUCCGAGAUCUGUUCCAACAGUAGGUGUCAUCUCCAGCAUUGCUAGAUGGUCGAGAAGCUGAUUUAGUGCUCGAGUAAUCUCUCUGUCCCGAUCGAGGCCUGUGUAGCAUCAUCACCGGCCAAUUUUGGUAACCAGGACUCUGCGCAGGGGAAUCUGAUGCUAAUGUAGAAAGCUCGGUUGAAGGCAUCAGAUCUCAGUCACUGUGGCUGUCAGAUCUAGGCAAGGAACGACGACGACGAGCGAAAAGGACGCUCUGUAGUCAUCAGACUCGUGGCUUGACUGUUAGGGUCUGCCCAAUCUGAGGCAACCAAUCCGACAGAACACUGGCAGUCCUUCAGCGAAUUUCAGAUUGGACCUGCAGUCAGGUGAGAAAAGAUCGGAUUUCGGGGCCAGCUUGAAUUCUCUAUCUUUCGACAGGGCAUCAUUCAUCUCAUCAUUUCUAGGACUGUAAUCCAAUUCCCUGCCUCAUCCCCUCGAUGAGACAUACCAGGAACUGCUGACCUCUGAGAUGGAGUCUGGCGAACGAGACUCAAAUAUGGGUUUAUCUUAGCGAGGCCUAUUGAAGACUUGGAGCAUAAAUUACUGGAAUGCACAGCCGGGAGAAGUGGAAACCGCAAGCACAAAGCUUCAAGAGUGCGAAAGCCUUCAGUGGUGGUCAUGGUCCUGCAUUCACGAUCUUUCGUGGCCGAGUCACUUUCAACCUCAAAUGCUCAAUCAGUCAAUCACUUUCAGGUAGCUUCGAGUCACAGUCCCCACACCUCAUUCAACCAGAACUCGGACGAAAACUCGUCCCCUGUAGAGCAGAAGAAGCUGCAGAAUGGAUACCUCCAAGAGAUCGAUCGAAUCAUCGAAUCAGACUCUCCUGCUGAAAAUAGACUUUGUAGUGCUGGCAGCUCCCCAAGCAGCUAGAGCGAGAUCCAGCAGGUAAGGGACGCCAUAUCCACCGAACCAUCGCAACGAUGACGGAAUUCAUCCACUCCGGAACGUCACAAGGGCACUUGUGGGAACACAACGAGCCAUCUCCAGGCACCACCAUUGCAGAAAAUACUCCGACAGCAUGCGGAGGAGUAUUUUCUGCAGCAACUGCUUCGUGCAGGAGUGGAGUGGGUACGAGAUGGACAAGGAUUCACAAUCUGCACCGAGAAGUGCCCCUUCCUACCAACCGUACCGUACCAUGCCGUACAUCACGUGUACCUGGUACGGGGCGUGGCCGAGGGACUGUUGGGUGCAGAUGUGAACGAAGGCAGUUUGCACGGCAGGGACCCCCCAAAAAAGGAAGAGAGUGCGAAGUGUGAGGUCGACAAAUUUAGGCGCAGCUGAACAGGCUGGCCGGAGCAGCAGUGAGGAGUCGGACCCGUUCCAUCUCGGUAGCGGCAGCCAGACACCAGCUUGCAUGAGCUUGGAAUCGGCUACAGGCACAAAAAGCUGCGAAUCUUGCGAUGGCCGAAUGAAUGGCAGCAAGUUACAGUUCGUUCGGAAUCAGGUCGUGUUCCGAAUCCUGACCUCAUUCAGAACUGGAAUGUCGGAUUCUCGAGGCUUCACUUUCUUGGUACCAAGUUUGAGCAGCUGAAGAAGACCUUAGCGAGCAUUUCUGUCUACAUGAAUGAAUGUGGAUCACUUUUGAAGUCUACAGGGCGUGAUGGAUGGAUGGAUGGAGGGACCUUUUGAGAGGAGGAAGAG